UACCUACCUUAGGUACCUAACCUGCUUAACCCCUCGACAACGCCGGGACAGCUACCGUGGAAAUUUUUACGAAGCCCUACCAACUUUCCCCCUUAUCUUUCUAAAACACCAUCAUUCUACCGCGAUCCCCGUCGCGUUGGCUCUCCGUUCCGGUUGCUAGUCAAUCCUUCCUACGACCUCUCAUUAUACCGCCUUUAGUCCUACUGCUGGUGCCCCGGCUAGAAAGAGUCCCCAUCAUGUCUGCGGAUAUAGAGCAGGCCGACGCGCCUCACCAGACCUUCGAUACGCUGCUGGUAAUCGAUUUUGGCAGCCAAUAUACCCAUCUCAUCACAAGACGUCUGAGAGAGUUGAAUAUCUACUCGGAGAUGCUGCCCUGCACUAUGAAGGCUAAGGACCUUCCGUUCCGCCCCAAGGGAAUCAUCCUGUCCGGCGGGCCCGCAAGCGUAUAUGACGCCGAUGCACCGCACGCUGACCCCGACUUGUUCGAGAUGGGAGUGCCUUUGCUUGGCAUCUGUCUGGGUCUUCAACAGAUCGCAUGGCGUAUCUCCCCCGAUAACGUGGUUUCCGGUGACAAACGCGAGUAUGGGAAGGCAACCAUCAUUGCACAGCACCACAACACGCCGGUUGAUCGGCUGUUCGAAGGCGUAGAAGGAAACGUCUGGAUGAGCCAUGGGGAUAAGCUGAGCGCUCUCCCUGCCGGAUUCUGUACCAUUGCAUCAACUGAAAAUUCACCCUAUGCUGGAAUUGCGCAUGAAUCAGAUCCAAUUUUCGGGAUCCAAUUCCACCCAGAGGUCUCACAUACGCCUCAUGGAAAGCGACUACUUCGUAACUUCGCACUUGACAUCUGCGGCGCGAAGCCCAACUGGACUAUGUCUGAGUUCAUCGGCCGGGAGAUUACCCGAAUCCGAGACUUGGUCGGGGAUAAGAGCCACGUCCUAGGCGCUGUUUCGGGGGGUGUUGACAGUACUGUAGCUGCGAAACUCAUGAAGGAGGCUAUCGGUGAUCGUUUUCAUGCUGUACUAGUGGACCACGGUCUCAUGAGACUAAACGAAUGCGCUGAGGUAAAAAAGACGCUUGGCGAGCACCUCGGCAUCGAUCUCACCGUCGUCGACGCCUCAGCGAAGUUCAUGGCUGGUCUCUCCGGAAUCACAGACCCGGAACGGAAGCGCAAGUUUAUUGGCAAUACCUUCAUCGAUGUUUUCGAGGAAACUGUCAUAGAAAUCGAAAAGACAGUAGAAAACACCGCCAAUGCUGGGAAGAUUGAAUACUUUCUCCAAGGGACACUCUACCCUGACGUGAUCGAGUCAAUAUCAUACAAAGGCGGGCCCUCAGUCACCAUCAAGACCCACCACAAUGUGGGAGGGUUGCCUCAGAGAAUGAUAGAUGGGGCCGGGCUGAAACUUAUCGAGCCUCUACGGGAGCUAUUCAAGGACGAAGUGCGCGAACUUGGACGCCAGCUUGGUAUUAGCGAGGAGUUGGUCAUGAGACACCCGUUCCCCGGCCCCGGCAUCGGCAUCAGAAUUUUAGGUGACAUCACGCUAGAGCGGGUGACGAUCGCUAGGCAAGCAGACCAUAUCUUCAUCAGCAUGAUCAGAGAAGCCGGUCUUUAUAACCAGAUCAGCCAAGCAUUUGCCGCAGUCGAUACUAGUAAAGUGGGCGACAAACGUGUGGAGGGUUAUAUUAUUAUUCUCCGCGCUGUCGUGACGACCGAUUUCAUGACGGCCGAGGCAUUCAAGUUUGAUAUGGACUUUCUGAUGCAAGUCUCUACGAAAAUUUGCAACGAGGUCAACGGCGUCAGUUGCUGUGUAUACUCCACGACAUCAAAGCCUCCGGCCACAAUCGAGCUCCAGUGAGCUGCAGAGGAUCCGGGGCACGAUCUCUGACCACAAUCGGAGGCGUCUUCCAUAACAGAGGCAGCUCUCGGGCUACCUGGUCGAAGACGGCGCCAAUAGGGAUCAAGAAACGGCCUCGAUUCUACGAAAUGAGAACGACUCUGCCAGAAACGCGAACUGCCCGUCUUGCCAAAGAGUGGGCGAGUUAGGUAGCUUAGGAUGUUGGAGUAAGAAACUACAACGGGUUUUACGUGCAAUCGCUACCGUUUAUGGAGCUGGGGGAGAACAGUGGGUGCUGGCGAUUGUUCAUUCAACCAAUUAUCGCGCGCGCACCCGUAGUCGUAGUCGCGGCUCUGGCCAUGUACUGGGCGAAUGCAGACAUUUUCGGGAGAGGCCAGGACUGGUAAGAGGUGCCUAUGUGU